AGAGCUGGAGGGGAAAAAAAGGAAAAAAGCGAAGAAAAAAAGGCAUAUGUGAAGGGAUUUGAGGGGCGGAUUUGGACAAAGUUUCCCAACUGUCCCGACCCGAGGAGGCUCCGGGGGGGUUGCAGGGGAAUCCAUUUGACCGGUUGUGCAUCUGGGGAGGGGAGAAAGGGCUCAUGAAGACAACCUAAAACAUGCAUUGAGUUAUGUUUUGCAUGUAUUAUACUGUUACCUCAGGUGUUUCAGAGUUUAUUUUAUUAGUUUGUAACGUUAUGUUAAAAGUGUAAUUGUCAUGGGCCUAUGCUCCCUUCAAUGUCCUAACAGAUAAAAGUUAUUGAAAAGUUAUACAUUUAAAUAUCAGUUCAGCUUUACUAACAUGUUAUUACACACUUGCUUUGCUUGGCAUGUUGGCACAAUGGCUAUGCAUGGCAUUCACAAUCUUCACCUGCAUACAGAAAAUCAUACCUUGGAACUUCUUCUUUAACUAUUGGUCUGUAACAGUAGCAAAGUAUGUGGAAAUAAAGUGCAAAUGCAUGCAAAAAUAGAACAAUGAAACUAUGAAACUUCCUUCCUUGUGCUACAGAAAACAUGUUGCCUAUGUGUCAGUGGGAGAUGAUCGGGAAACAGAAGAUCAGAGAAAUAAUGGACGAUUCCCAUUUCAACUCAUCAUACUUUUGGUCUCCCGUCCACACUGUACAAGGACAGAUCGAGAACGCCAUGUUCCUGAACAAGGCGAAGGAGCAGCUGGGUCACGAGAAGGCCAAUGCGUCCUCCUUCCAACACACUUCUGCCACCUCCACCUCCUCCCCCCACUACCCCACGGCGGUGCUUGCCAUCCCGGGCUCAGUGGACGCAGGGUCCGGGGUGCGGUUGGUCCCCAAACAGGAAGGAGGUGGCGGAGCAUUAGGGGGAGGUGGUGGCAGCCUUGGGAUGAGUGCGCUGGGCGGACACCUGCACCAGGCACACACCCAGAACAUCACCGUCAUGCCUGUGUCCUCUACAGGAAUCAUGACUGCAGCGGGGUUAGUGUUCACCACCCCUCAAGGCACCCUGGUCCCCACCUCCUCCACCCAGUCCUUUGUUGCCGGACACCCCACUGCCACCACCAUGAUCGUAUCUGCAUUGCACCAAUCGAAUGCAGACAAGAAGGAGGACAUUGCUGCCCCCCCCGCGGUCGUCAUGCAGAUGCCAUCAAAGCGAGGCAGAAAGAACAAACAGAUGAUGGGCAGAAUGGCUGGAGUGGGGAGGGUCCUCCCUCCAGGAAGUGAUGCAUUAAUAUUGGCACACCUUGCAGCUGGAGGACAGCACCACAAUGCUGAUCCAUAUGACCUGUCAAAUGAUGAGGACGAGCAUACCAACAAAGAUGGCCCUAAAUCAUACAGGUGUCGGAUGUGUGCAGUGACGUUCUUCAGCAAGUCAGACAUGCAGAUCCACUCCAAGUCCCACACGGAGGCCAAGCCCCACAAGUGCCCCCACUGCUCCAAGUCGUUUGCCAACUCCAGCUACCUGUCCCAACACAUCCGCAUCCACAGCGGGGCCAAGCCCUACUCCUGCACCUACUGCCAGAAAACAUUCAGGCAGCUCAGUCACCUCCAGCAGCACACACGAAACCACACGGAGUCCAAGCCCCACAAGUGCCCCCACUGCUCCAAGUCGUUUGCCAACUCCAGCUACCUGUCCCAGCACAUCCGCAUCCACACCGGGGCCAAGCCCUACGCCUGCUCCUACUGCCAGAAAACAUUCAGGCAGCUCAGUCACCUCCAGCAGCACACACGGAUUCACACCGGUGACCGACCGUACAAGUGUAACCAUCCAGGCUGUGAAAAAGCUUUCACUCAGUUGUCCAACCUACAGUCUCACCGUCGGCAGCACAACAAAGACAAGCCGUUUAAGUGCCACAACUGUAACCGUGGUUACACGGAUGCGGCCAGCCUGGAGGUGCACCUGUCCACACACACAGUGAAGCACGCCAAGCUGUUCUCCUGCGGCCUCUGCAACCGAUCCUACACCUCGGAAACGUAUCUAAUGAAACACAUGAGGAAGCACAACCCCGACCCGCUAACAGUGGCCGCGACAUUAGCCGCUCAGCAGGCCCAGGGCCUCACACCGGGGGGGGGCAGGGGCCGGGGCCGUGGCCGAGGGAGAGGGGCUGGAGGUGCAGGCAGAGUGGGCCAGCUCCACAGCCAGAACCCCAACAGCCAGAACCCCAACCCUGGAGCACCAGGCAGCUACCAGCAGAGCCAGCAGAGCCAGCAGAGCCAGCAGAGCCAGCAGCCCCCCGAGGCUGUGGUCCAGUGCCCGUUCGACCUGCACCAGUACAAGACAGUGUCAGCCAGCGAGAUCCAGUACAAACCGAUCUCUGUGGCAGACCUGCCAGUGGCACACAAAGACCUCUGCCUCACCGUCUCCACCUCAGCCAUACAAGUGGAGCACAUGAACUCAUAGGCCGAGUCUUCACACUUUGAGGAAUUACUGAUUGAGUCCGCAGUGUAAAAAGGUCGAUAUAAAAAACGUAAUUUAAUUCUAUUCACUAUUAAGUUCUUCUUUAACAGGAAAAAUGGCUAUCUUAAAUCCCAAUGCAAUUUUUUCCUUCAUUUUAAGAAGCUUUAAUGCUGAGUAGAAUAAUAAAUUACUUGUUAGAACACAGAUAUUUUACAAUGUGCUUCUCGAUUCCUGAGCCUACUUGUGCCAAGUAUCUCUCAGUAGAAAUGCUGGUGUUGGACACUAAUAUAAGCAGUUUAUUAUUUAGGCUAAAGCCACAUUCCUUCAGUUUGUGAUAACUUAACCAAAACCUAAUCUGAGAUCACGUUUGGCUUUUACAUCAUUAUGAAUGAAAUGGUGAUUAAAACCAGACCUGAAUUUCUCUAAAGCAUGUUUGAUCUAAUUUCAACGAGUCAAUGGACUUUUGUAAAACACAUCUAAUACACUGAUCCGAAACCAGCAGUCCUCUGAGGAUUUUGAUAAAAGAGGCUCACUGGUGUCGCUUCUCUUUUUGUAUUGCAUUGUUUGCAAUAGGCACCAUUGGAGGAUGAAGAUGUAAAAUAUCUGUACAUUUAAAAAUGACACUUCUCUCUGCACGUUUAUGGUACAGGGAACGGCGUAAUUUUGAGCACAUUCAGAUCACAUUAAUCUGAACAUUCUGCAUUAUUUAGUUCAAGCCAAAACAAGGGAGAGAAACAAGACAAACAAAGAAAAAAGACUGUAAGGAAGGACUUAAUGAAUAAGUGUGGAUGACUUAUGAAUGACACCUUUUACUGUACAUCGAGGUUGGAUCGGGAACGCUAAAUUGGAACCAGAGAAAAGACCACAACAGAAGAGGGGCUGGAGAAGGAAGAUGAUGAGGUGUUUUAUUGGAUCAGCCUAAAACCUGGGGCUGAGUCUUGAAGUGUUCACUUCAGAAAUCAUGAGGGGGGGUUGAAGAACCAUUUCCUUGUCUGAGCCCAAAGUAUUGAACAAAAGAGACGGGCCGCUUAAGAAUGCACUUAAUAUGAGAAAUCUGCAACAAAGUGAGAGAAAAAACGGUUCUUGGUGGGGUGGGAGGGGUCAACGAGAAAGCACUUGAUGAAGCUUGUACUUCAUGUCUAUGUUUGUCAUUAUUGUACUUUUUUUUAUAUAUCAUAUGUAUGUAUUUUUCUACCAACAGAGAAACGUGUGAACAAACGCUGAGAGAAAGCAUAGUGAUGCAUGAAUGUGAAGGGAACAGAGAGAAAUGUCCUAACGGAGUGUUUUUGUCCCAUUAUUUUCUUUUUGUUACCAUUCAAAGAAAGUAGUAAAAAAAAAGGCCCGAACGCAUCAUAGUCAGUUGUUGGGGAAAUAAUGAUUGUGUGAUCAAAAUGGCUGACAGGUACUGUUAUCUUUUCUUUCUUUUUUAAAGAACUAUUCAUACAUAUUAUUACUACUUUCAUUAUAACUAUUUCAAAUCUUAUCCACAUUAUUAUCAAUCUGAGGCAUUAUGGUAUUGCAGUAUGCUGUACAUUAAAUAGAUAGAAAAUACUUUUUUCAUCUGUAAAAGGGAAGUAUGUCCUGUGUAAAGAAUUUAUGGAAACUAAAGGAACUCUUGUUAGCAUGUGCCAAACCAUUGGCUGCCUCGCAGGUCACAUCGAUCAUAACUUCAAAAACCUGCCAAAUAAAAUAAUUUCAAGGCCUGAGAAAUUUGGGAAUAAUUUGAAAAGUUGAUGACACUAUCGGAAAUCAUUUGAUCGAAUUAUGAUGUGUUUGACGACGCAACAUUUCCUGCAUUUUAAGCCCUGCUCUCCGUUUGCACACGGUGAUAUUUAUUCUAAUAAGGAUGUAACAUAAAAUGGUUUAACCAAAUUAAUAUUAAUGUGUAGCAAUAUAGACAAGAUUAUUGUGGAAACAACAACCUUGUUCACCAAUGAGAAUUCCUUCGAACUGAGGGUAUAGUUUAAUGACUAAAUUAUAGAUCUGUGACCUGGGACACUGCUGCCAUGUUUUUGUGCACAAGCUAUCUCUACCCAAUCAGAAUGUUCAGGCAGCCUGUAACCGACUGCUUGUCUUCAUGUAUACUCCUUGUAUUUCAUUGUGACUUUUUAUGAAAAAUAACAGAUUCUCAAUAUUCUUGUUAAUGUUAUUACUGAUGCUCCUGAUAAUAGUACAGUUAUUAACUGCCCUCUUAUGCUACACUCUUGCAUACUGUAUGCACAAGUACACCUCUUGCUCAUCUGAACAGACUGUUUCUUCUCUAAAGGAGAAUAAAGUUCGAAAAACAGUUUAUGAUGAAAAAAACGCAA